CUAACACAAAGACACGCUUUCGUCGCGUAUAAUGAGAAGCCGAAUGAUAUUUAAUCCAAUACCGCCUUAGAAUACCCCAGGGAUACUUAUUCUAAGGAUAUAUAUACCACAUGAGCAUGGAAACCGAUAUGGAACCGGCAGAAGCCGAAUCAUUCCUCAAGUCGCUGCUCAAUAAGAACUUACGCAUCUACACAACGGACGGGCGCAUCUUCAUAGGGAACUUCAAAUGCACGGACACGCAUAACAACAUAGUCCUAUCGCUGACCUACGAAUACCGCGAGCCGCCGCAGCAAAAACUAGCCGAAGCCAAAGCCGCGAGCUCCACAUCCGGCGCGGAUAAGGUAGCGCUGGACAUGACGUCGCGGUACCUGGGCCUCGUCGUCGUCCCCGGGGAACAUAUAGUCAAAAUGGAGGUUGAAGAAUUUUCAAGCCAGGCUAAGAGCCGGUCGAUAUUCGAGCGGAGGGACCUCUACAGUGCUCGGUGAUAUAGGGUUGCGAACAAUGGAAAUUUAAAGAUCUUAUGGAGACCUAUUUGUCCAAUCAUCGCGCGGUCCGUAAAGGGCAGCUACUAUGUAUAUAUGUAAAUUCAGAGUUAGCCUGAAGGUCAGUUGCACCAGGGCCAAUCAGCUAACCUAGUCGGUUCGGAGCGGCGUUCCACAGAGAUAGAUACCCGAGGGUACGGGUUGUUAUAGAUUGGUGUUCGCAGCGUAUCCGAGGGUUUAGAUUAUAACGUAGGCACGAGGCGACUCUCGGGGUAAUUCGUCAGCGAAGCAUGAGGAAUGACUUUACAUUAGGUAGACGACAGAAAGAUUAGAGGUCUAACUAAUACUUAUCGGUACUAACAAUUGCGUAUGUCUA